GUGAUACUUCGCAGGCGUGAUCUGUUCGAUGCGCGGUUCCAGCUCCUUACCGCCCACAUUGAUGCCGACAACGAUGAAGACGAAACUGAAGCCUUCGCCAUUGAUGCGAACACCGACUUGACACCGGGUGUAUACGAGGGGGGUCUCAAGACGUGGGAAUGCUCGAUGGAUCUCAUUUCCGUGCUUCAUGACCGCUUUGGAAAUGGUGAAGGUGCAAAACACCAUCUGCACGGUGCAUCUAUCCUGGAUAUUGGCUGUGGCACGGCCUUGCCGUCUGCCUUUCUGCUGAGCCUUCUUUUGAACGAAAAGUCUGCACGGUCGUCGGAGCUUGAGAAGGGCAAGACAGAGCUGUUUCUUCUCGACUACAAUUUGCAGGUGCUGCAGCUGGUGACAGUGCCCAAUCUCGUGCUAGCCUGGUAUUUCUCAGACGCCGCUGCCUUGAUCCGAGAGAAGUACCCGAUAGCACCGAGCAAAGCCAAGAAGAGCAACGACGACGAAUCUACAACCAGCUCUACCGCCUCAAACUGGACAGCGAACGGCGAGGAAGCCGCCGAGGUUCCCAUUCACCCGGACCUUCUCUCUGCUUUCCUUCAAGCACUCAAUUCACGCGGAAUCACGCUGCGUUUCUUUGCUGGUGAUUGGGCCGGGUUGCAAGCCGCACCACCAUACGAUUUGAUCUUGACAUCUGAGACAAUCUACUCGCUCGACUCACUGCCGUCGCUCGUCCAACUGCUCUCCGAGUGCAGCCGACGCUCCUCGCCGCUCGCCUCCUCUGCCUCCGCGCAGCGCGUCUCGCGAUAUCUUGAGAGCACAUAUCUGAGCGAGAGAGCCGCGAGGAUCGAGCAGCAGCCACGGCACCCUUCAUCCACACUUUGCCUCGUAGCUGCCAAGGUCCUGUACUUUGGAGUCGGAGGUGGCGUGCAGGCGCUCAAGCAAGCAGUGAUCUCACAUCAGCGGGCUUCCGACCCUGGCGAGAUCCAUAAGAGCGGAGAGGUAGAUGCAACUGGGUGGGUGGAGGAGAUCGACCGGGUACAACAGGGAGUCGGCCGUGUCGUUCUGAGUGUUGGUUGGGCGUGA